AAUAAAAUAGACGCUUAACUGGCAGCUAAAUUAUGAUUAUACCAAUUCGUUGCUUUACCUGUGGCAAAGUGAUUGGCAACAAAUGGGAAUCCUACCUGGGCCUGCUGCAGGCCGAGUACACGGAGGGUGAUGCUUUGGAUGCGUUGGGGCUGAAGCGUUAUUGUUGCCGCCGCAUGCUGCUGGGACACGUGGAUCUCAUCGAGAAGCUGCUGAAUUACGCGCCACUAGAGAAAUGAAGCUAAAUUUUGAAAUACAAACUUUUAAUUUUAUUGUAAACUCAAAGAAGAAAAAAUA